AUUUCACUAGGACAAUUCUCUGGUGGACAUCUAGAGCUGCGGCUCAACAAGUUAUACGAUGGUGUCGAAACUCUUGUUUUAUUCAUUGGCCACGCUCGUAGUGGUCAUAGUCUCAUCGGAGCCAUUUUGGAUGCUCACCCAGAGAUUAUCAUUCCUCACGAAUAUAAUUUGAUAGUAAAGUGGAGUGAAUUCAAACUGAAAAGCGGCAGUGGGCUAAAGACUCGUGUCCUUUUUGCCCUGCACGCCUUGUCACGAUUUCAAGCAAUGUUUGGAAACCGUGCAGCAUCACGCCGUAGCGGUAGUGGGUAUAGUUACUCUGUACCUGGACAGUGGCAGGGAACGUAUAAAGAAAGAGUAAAGGUAUAAAUUGGGGUUAGUUAUAAUAGGUAUAUUAGUAAAUGCGAGAGGGGUGGAGAAGGGGGAGGGGGGGGGGAAUUGGGUAUUCCAUCGAGUCCAGAUGAUCAUAGAAGAAGAAUUUCACUGAAUAGAAUUGAUUUAAAGCUACGUUUAGAAUAAUUGUUCGAACUUGAAGCAUAGAAAAACAAAGUUCCCUCGUAAACAUCCUUAUUUCAGGUGACUGAAGAACUGAAAUACCAUCAGUAAGCUGGAUUCAGGGAAUGAAUUCUAAGCGGAUACUACGCAUCCAAACGUGUAUCAUGAUUAUGUUUUACUUUUUCAGCACCUAACUUUACGUUUGUCAAUGUAGAAUGCAUGCAAUACUUAAAUAUUUCGACUUGCACCACGUCACUGUUCCAAAUUUGUAACGUUGUUAACUGCAGCAACUAUUCAUUUUUCAGCUAAAAAGAUCAUAUUCAGGAAAAUACACCCAUUUAUGCGUAACUUUUCAACCUUUUUUUAUUGCAAGGUCAUUGGAGACAAAAAGGGAACAGCAACAAGCCAUUUGUUAGAAAAUCCAAAAAAUUUUGAUAUUUUGGAGGAUAUAAGCAGAACACUUACCCUAAAACUUAAAUUCAUUCACGUUAUCAGAAACCCGUUUGACAAUAUUGCCACUAAAUUGCUGAGAAAUCUCGAGGUCAGGGCCAUGGCUAAAAGCAGCACGUUUAAAGUAAGUUUCUUGUAACUUUCGAAAAACUCAUAGUUAGCUAGUUUUGUCCGGUAGUCUUAGAUCCCAUUCACACCAAAACUUAAACAUGUAUUAAAGCUGUUUAGUUGAAGUCUGUUAUAUUUUUUUCUUAUUCGUAUAGGCUGCAUAAAGCGACGUUUGUUGACUUCAAAGUGACACAUUGAAAAUACAAGUUAACGAUUAUUUGAAUUUUAUGGAACAUUCUGUGAAACUAAACUUUUUUUGCUGGGGUGAAUGUGAUUUAGACUUCUUGUAUCUUCUUUCUAAAACUUAUUGCACCUUCGAAGGGGUGAGACUAUCUGUCAUAUACAGUUUACAUGUAUUUCAAGACCUUUAACCUUUCCUCUUUUGAAAAUUACAGGAAAUAUGGCAAUUUUGUCAGUGCAACUGUAAUUAAGUAGUAUUAAAAUUUGUUUUGAAAAAAUGUCUUGCUUGUUUUGUUUCGCAGGCAAGCAAUGUAACCUUGUUGGAUAAAAUUAUCGACGACUUUUUCGCCAAAGUAAAGUCCGCAGAGAGACUGAAACGAUAUGGGAAGUUCGAAGUACUAGAUGUCUACGGUCAUGAAGUUAUUUCCAAACCCCGUGAAAGUCUGCAAAACCUAUGCAACUUUCUAAAAGUAGCCUGUUAUCCAGACUUUGUCGAAUCUGCCUCAGAACUACUGUACGCUAAGCCGUCGUUGACGAGACAUGCGGUCGCGUGGACUUCAAAACAGAAGGCAAGAAUUAUGAACGAGAUGAACAAGUACUCUUUUCUGGAGCGUUUUUCUUUUGAUAGUGAUUAUAAAUAA